AAUUUUUUUCGAUUACGGUUCUAACUGACAUUUCAGGGGUUUUCGAUACGUAUCACUUCUUUAUAUGGGCUUCCGCCGGAAAACUUCCCCCGGAAAACCCCGCCCAGCUGUCAGUCAGCGGGAGACGCUAGAGCUUGCUAACAGCUUAUCACGCCACUCAGCUUUGUUUAAUUUCAAAAGUCAACAAUGGCACAACAAGAAGUGUGUUUUUGGAUGUAAGGAGAAGACAUCCAGCCUUAUGGAAACAAUGGAUAUAGUUUAUUAUCCGGAUUAGCAGCGGAGUUUUGCGUGUGUGUGUUUGAUGCGGUGGAUUUUCAUGACGAGUUACACGUGGUGAAUUUCACAAAUGGUUGUGUAAAAGUGAAUUGUCGUAAUGGGAUCGUCUAUUAUAUUCCUGCUCCUCUAUGCAGGACUGAUAGGUUUGGGGGGUGUGAAAUCUGCAGAGCAAAAUCAAACCUGUGGAACCGGUGCUGGAAUUACAUCAGGACAAUGCACUCAUAUGUCAAACUCCACGCAAAACUUCUUGUCGUGUGCCGGCGUGCCAUCAGAUCUUGAAGCGGAUCAUGUGUUGAAUCUAAAGGGACUCAUCAGUGCUGCUCUGGAUGUUUACACUUUCAUGCGCUCCAGCGUGUCCGGCGUUCCUGUGCUGGAUCUGUCCGGAGGUGUCGCUCUGGAUGAGGAUCAUGUGAUCAAGGCGUGGCUGGACGUCAGACUCACUCCUUUGCUGUCAUCCAUCUCCAGAAACUUUCUUACGUGUCUCAGUAACAGAAACUUCAGCUGCAAUGCCUACCAGACUGUUGUGAGGGAGUUGAGUCAGCAUUUCUCUCAUCUAGAUCCAGUGAAACAGAAGUGGAUUUAUUCUUUUUUUAUGUACCCGUUUCUCUCGAGAAACACAUCCUCAGGUUGUGUUGAUCCAGAGGCCAGCAGUGAGGAUUGGCUCAUGAAGAACUUUGGCUCAUUCUCAGUCAUGGCUCAAGUGCGAGACUUCACGUCCAUCAAUAUGCUGUUCAGCGGGUUGGAGGUUUUGCACCUCUUGACUCGAGAGCAGAAGGCCGAGCUUCUCCUCUAUCCAGAGAUGGUGGGCUUGACUGACAGCUCUCUCAGUCUGGUCUUCCAGAGUUUACUUUCCUCUCUUCAGUCUUCCGAGAACCACCAGCCAUCAGAUAACGGCACAAUGUUUUACAUGAGAAAUGGUCCAUCCGCCUCGAUGCAGGAUCCCCUCCGACAGGCUCUUAAUGGAUUCAUGACAGCAUUUAGACCCGUCGGAAGUUUUGUACACAACUUUGUGUCCCUGACACAGCAGCAAAACUUGUACGGUAUGCGGAGCGCCACGCUAAUGCAGGCCGUGAUAAACCUCACGCUCGCUGAGAUCGCCGCUCCUUUCAAGCAGCAGAAUUUGACAGAUGAGCUGCAGGACGAGUUUGACCCCACAGAUAUUGACGACUGGUUCACAUAUGUGGUCUCUCCGAUGCUCAGGCGAUUCCUGCCCGGUGACCUGGCCGAAAUCCCAUCCAACCUCACGGCUGUCUUCCAUAACCAGUUCUACAUCGAGACAGGGAUGGGAUCUCAAGUCCCGAAUGAAAGUCAAGACAUCUGUAGCGUCAGUAUCGACGACAGAACGUGUGCCCUGACUGACCUGGUGGAGCACGUGUCCACUAUCCUGAACUGUGCCGCACGCUCAAACUUCACGCUCACGGAGGAGACGCUCUUGGAAGUUCUCCUUCAUCUCUCCCAGAACCUCAACGCUCUUCUGCAGCAGCUCUCCAUGACUAAUUUCAGUUCCCAGAGUCCGUACUUUGGUGACAUCCUGAAUCAAAUAGAAGACACCUUCACGACGCAGAGCUUGCAGGACGAGUCUUUUGUCAGAUUAUGGUUCCAGGUCAAACUGAAGCCUCUUCUCUCCACGCUGACUCCAGAAUAUCUCACAUGCCUCAGUCACAAAGAGUUCAGCUGCCAAACCUUUCAGCUGCUUGUUUCAGAACUAAGUGACAACAUGUUCAUGAUGUCAGGAGAAGGACCACAGGAUGUGUAUAGAUAUUUCAUCUUCUCCUAUCUAAGCCUAAAAAAUGCUUCAGGUGGUUGUCCCACUGAAAACAGCAGUGUCUGGGUGACCCAAAACCUUGGUGGAUUUUCACACUUUGCCAUGUUAAUGGAGAUGUACCAGCUAAAGCCAGACUUUAACGCUAUCGAUGCAAUCCCAGUUUUAUCUCCGAAUCAGCUGGCUGAACUGAUUGUUGAAGAUUUUCCUCGUCUCCCAGAGAAAAGCAUCAUCAUAAAUUUAGUUUUUGAUUAUAUCUUGAUUUCUCCAGAGGAGCGUGGUCUAUUUAUGAUGCUUGAACACCUCAUCAUGCUCGCUGACGAGAUGGGUCUGGAGUGCUCUUCAUACCAACUCAUUGUUCAGAGACUGGAGGAGUCUUUGCUUCUUCACUACAUGAUGGAACCGGUUCAGGACAACAUAGACCUGUUGAAAAAGAUGGCCUCACCUGGCUGCUUUCCUCCACCUUUUACGUGUAUUUCAACUCCUGUUAAUGAAACCUCAAUUUGCUCUGGAGUAAAUGGUGAUGAGCUGAACGCUCUUCUGUCAGCUGGUUUCAUGAGCGUCUCCUGUAAUAUCAGUCUGGAUCAGUACGCUUGUUCUCCGUUGAAUGACUUCACUGCUGUAAACCUGGCAGAUCUUCUGAAGUGUCAACUAUCAAGCAACAUCAGUUCAUCAAAGGAAAUCUGGAAACUGCUCUUAACCAAAACAAAUGAGGUUCUAGAUCAGGCGCUCAUCAUCUUCUCAAGCAUGGCAGAAAAUAUGACUCAGCCAAUCAGAAGUGAGUCGCUGUCUCAUGUGCUGGAUGUGAUCGCUGAACUCAGACUGGAGCAGUUGAGUCCUGACCAAUGGAAUGUGUGGUUCAAUGAGAGUCUGAAGGCCUUUUUACCGUACGCAUCAUCCUCACUAUUGCAGUGCAUGAUCAGCAAAAACCUCAGCUGUCAAACCUACCAGCAACUUCUUCAGGCUUUUAAUAUUCAGUUCCAUCUAAUGGAUGAGAUGCAGAGAAGCAACAUGGUGGAGUUCUUCAUCUUGCCCUUCCUCAGAAGAAACACAACAGAUCAAGGCUGUGUAUCAAGUUCUAACAGCAGCACUGAGUGGCUACAGAUGAACUUUGGGUUGUUUGUUCAGUUUGUGUCUCUCAGAGAUCUGCUCUUCAUCGACCCACUCUUAAAUCCUUUGGAGACUCUGGAUUAUCUCUCUGCAGACCAAAUGGUUGAACUGAUGGUUGAUGAUCUUCCUGAACUUACAGAAAAAGAUCUGAUCAUCAAUGAAGUGUUUGAUUAUCUGUUGGAGUCUCCUGUGGAACGAGGACUUCCUGAUGUUCUUCAAAUCCUGCUCAUACGCUCACAGACGACCAUUAUUCCAUGCAGUUCAUAUCUACUGAUUUUUGAGAAGUUGUUCAAUGCUUCAUCUUCUUUGCCAUCAUACGUGGAGACUCUUGUCCUUCAAAUAACUAAAGAACUCAAGCAGAAUGGAGCAAAAGACUGUAACCUUCCUCAACCUCCAACAUGUAUAUCUACAUUGGUAAAUGCUACCAGAGUCUGUGAAGGAGUCAACAGUGAUGAGCUGAACGCUCUUCUGUCAGCUGGUUUCAUGAGCGUCUCCUGUAAUAUCAGUCUGAAUCAGUACGCUUGUUCUCCGUUGAAUGACUUCACUGCUGUAAACCUGGCAGAUCUUCUGAAGUGUCAACUAUCCAGCAACAUCAGUUCAUCAAAGGAAAUCUGGAAACUGCUCUUCACCAAAACAAAUGAGGUUCUAGAUCAGGCGCUCAUCAUCUUCUCAAGCAUGGCAGAAAAUAUGACUCAGCCAAUCAGAAGUGAGUCGCUGUCUCAUGUGCUGGAUGUGAUCGCUGAACUCCGACUGGAGCAGUUGAGUCCUGACCAAUGGAAUGUGUGGUUCAAUGAGAGUCUGAAGGCCUUUUUACCGUACGCAUCAUCCUCACUAUUGCAGUGCAUGAUCAGCAAAAACCUCAGCUGUCAAACCUACCAGCAACUUCUUCAGUCUUUUAAUAUUCAGUUCCAUCUAAUGGAUGAGAUGCAGAGAAGCAACAUGGUGGAGUUCUUCAUCUUGCCCUUCCUCAGAAGAAACACAACAGAUCAAGGCUGUGUAUCAAGUUCUAACAGCAGCACUGAGUGGCUACAGAUGAACUUUGGGUUGUUUGUUCAGUUUGUGUCUCUCAGAGAUCUGCUCUUCAUCGACCCACUCUUAAAUCCUUUGGAGACUCUGGAUUAUCUCUCUGCAGACCAAAUGGUUGAACUGAUGGUUGAUGAUCUUCCUGAACUUACAGAAAAAGAUCUGAUCAUCAAUGAAGUGUUUGAUUAUCUGUUGGAGUCUCCUGUGGAACGAGGACUUCCUGAUGUUCUCGAAAUCCUGCUCAUACGCUCACAGACGCCUGGCUAA